AACUGGUGGAAGCCAAUUCAAUUUUGUUCUGGUUUUGUUUUGCUUUGAAAAGGCAAAAUUGGAAUUGGGUUGGUUUGAAAAAACCACAAUUUGAUUCUGUGGGCGCUUUGCAUUUAUAUAAUCUGUGUUUUUUAAAUUCGGGUACUUGGGGAAUCAUUGUGAUUGCGGGAAAUGGAAUCGAAUGCGAAGUCAAUCGAAGAUGUGGUGGAAGAGAUUAUGAAAAUUCACAGAUCUCUUCCAACAAGACCUGGAAUCGAUGAAGUCGAAGCUGCGAAAAUUUUGAUUCGAAACGUUGAACAAGAAGACCAAGCGAGAUUCGAGGCCAUUGCAAGCCAAACGAAGAGCAAAGAGGUACCCGAAGAAUUGUUCAAGGUUUUGCAAGAAAUGCAAAGGAAUUUGGGGUAUUUGCAUAGCAAAGAACAGAAAAGGGAGGCUAUAAAACUGUUGGAUCUCGAGAAUGUUCAUACUCUGUUCGACGAUUUGAUUCAGAGAGCGUCGAAAUGCUUAUCUCCGACCUCGGCCUCGAGUAAUUCUCAUUCUAACACUUCAGCUUCAUCGAGUAGUUUGUCUUUGAACAAUUCGGCUUCCUUUUCUGGCAAUAGUUUCAAUUCGCCGAGUACUACUACGACUACCACGUCAUCGUCUAGCUUGUAUUUUGACAAAGAGCAUGUGAAAACUUCUGAGAUGUAUACCAGAGAUGAUAGUUAUUUGAAGAAGGCGAAAGCGACAUUUCAUGUUGAUGUAAUUGGGGUUGGACUUCGAUCCGGAGAUGCUUCGACAACGCCCCAGAUUGUGGAUUCAACUCUGAAACCAGCUAUUGCUUCAGGUCAAGAUGGUGAGAAAAUGAGUUUAAUUAAGCUUGCUAGUUUUAUUGAAGUCUCUGCGAAGAAAGGAACUUGGGAUCUGAAUCUUUCAAACAAGUUGAUGGACCAAAUUGAAUGGCUUCCUGAUUCAAUUGGGAAGCUAUCGAGUUUGAUCACCUUGAAUUUGUCUGAGAACCGAAUUGUGGCCUUACCGGCCACGAUUGGAGGGCUUUCAUCAUUGACAAAAUUAGACUUGCAUUCAAACAGAAUCAAUGCACUCCCAGAGUCUAUAGGAGAUCUCCUGAACUUGGUAUAUCUUGAUCUUAGUGGGAACCAGUUGAUAUCUCUGCCUGCUAGCUUUGGUAGAUUAGUCCGGCUUCAGGAGCUUGAUUUGAGCUCGAAUAUGCUCUCUGUGCUCCCCGAAUUCAUUGGUUCACUCGUCAGUCUCAGGAAAUUGAACGUGGAGACUAAUAAUAUUGAAGAAAUUCCUCAUACCAUUGGGCAGUGUUCUUCGCUGAGGGAGCUUCAUGCAGACUAUAACCGGCUUAAAGCCCUCCCGGAAGCUGUGGGACGAAUUGGAUCCUUAGAGAUUCUGUCUGUGCGUUAUAAUAACAUCUCACAAUUGCCUACCACGAUGGCAUCCCUGUCAAGCUUGAGGGAGCUUAAUGUAAGUUUCAAUCAGCUUGAGUCCGUACCUGAGAGCUUGUGUUUUGCCACCACACUCGUAAAAAUGAACGUUAGCAACAAUUUCGCUGAUCUGCAAUCCCUGCCAAGGUCUAUCGGGAACCUUGAGAUGCUAGAGGAGUUGGAUAUUAGUAAUAACCAAAUUAAAUUCCUGCCAGAUUCUUUUAGGAUGCUAACACAACUACGAGUCUUAAAAGUGGAAGGAAAUCCUCUGGAAGUGCCCCCAAAUAAUAUAGCUGAGAAGGGCGCACAGGCGGUUGUUCAUUUCAUGGCAGAACUUGUUGCAAAGAAGGACGUCAAGUCACAGCCAGUCAAGCAGAAGAAAUCUUGGGCUCAAAUAUGCUGCUUUUCAAGGUCUAACAAACGGAAGCGCAGUUGGGGAGACUAUGUGAAAGCCUGAUUUAAUGAAGCUCACAUGAAACACAUGGUAUUUCUGCUAGGAAAAUUGAGCUGUCAUUGGGUUGGAAGAAAGCUGGGAUCUUUGGUGGAACCUUUCCUUCGUACGUUAGAAGUCAGAUAUGGUUCUGAUCUUUGCUUCACCAAUUAUAAAUUUUUUCUUUGAAUUCUUUGACUCAUCUUCUGUUCUAUUUACCUGUAUUUCUUUAUGUUGUUGAUCUAAAUGAGAUGUAAAGGACCUCAACCAGUAGAAAUGGGGGAGACAAAUGUUGUAUUCAACAUCCUUCGGUUUUUAUGAUGUAUGAGUUUACUUUGUUUGCUAAUUUUACAGAACUUAUUUCUUUUGAAACAUAAUCUAGUGAAAUCUUUUGUCUUCUCGAUUUUAGUCUAAUUCAG